AUGAUUGUUCAGGGGGUCGAAGACGGAGUUGUCCCUAUCAAGUUUACGGUUCAAGAUUGCAAAAAGACCUGCAAGGAAGAGCCUGGCUCUUCAGUCAAGUUUGUGACAUUCGCAGGCCAGAGCCACGACAGCGUCACUAACUCCGCUCAGGCUGACUAUAUGUCAUGGGUCAACGAUUUUUCCAAUGGAAAGAAGAUGAAGAAGGGCUGUUCCCGGGUGGAUAUUUGCCCUUUGACAGAUGUUUUUCAGCCAGUUGCCAUCCAAUAUAUCGCCAACAAGUAA